CUCAUUACGAGCACAAUCGCACGUCUGUUUGAUACGAACUGCAAUUUGGUGCCUACUGUUCUUGGUCGUGUACCUGCCGCUUUGAAUAGAUUUGGCAGGUUUACUUUUCACGAAAGCUCACCGUGCCAGGCGCGACGGCAUCGAAUGACCAACACCACCGGCACAUGACGCGCUUCGAAGUGGUCGACAACAAGACCUUCGGCGCCGCCUCUACCUCUCGCGUCUCAUACAUUCGAGCAAAGUAGCAUCUAUCAUACUCUCCAGCAUGGCAGAGCCCACAUCACUGCCCUUCAGAGCUGCUCACUCGCUGGGCUUCAUGGUAUUGGGCGCUUCUCUCUUCGACGUCCUGAACAAGCUCAGAAGUGACGCCCGUACGUUUCCCAAGAUCGACUUUACCUUCUCGUCCGAGACGCCCCUCAAGACGACCAUCAUUGUCAGCCUGCCCAAGAAUGGCUUUAGACUCCGCUUCGACGCUCCGGACCAGCGCUUGCGUCUGAUAGAGAUCAUCGACUUCACCCGCAUGAUCUUCACCUUCAAGAGUGGCGAGCUCGUACCUGCCCAGGUCUUGUCCAACGGCCAAAGCUAUCUGACUUAUAAGAAGGUCUACCAGCUUUUUGGUCCUACAUAUCCUGGCGAGUUCAUCCGCCUAAAAGAUGGCUCCAACAUGGGCCUCUACGUUCUCUCGUGGCCCGGCUUGUCUGUUACAUUCCCUGUCCCAGUCGACGCUUUCAAUCCUCAAAAGGACUAUGCAGCCAUGCUGACCGCUUCUGCGUCUCCAGCUACUGCAAUGGCCAUCUAUGAGGGCAGGUUCUGGCCUGAAGUUCGCAAGGAUCUCUUCACAUACAACUCGACAAACCCACGGGCUUCUUCGCUCAUCGGUCGACCCAAGGAGGGUCCUACAGAUGAGGUUGAACAUGUCAAUGUGUACGGUGCAGGAAAGGUUGAGCUGUUACGUCGUUCCGGCUCGAAAACCCUCAUCACACUAAGCGAAACAACGCCGCAGGAUCUAAUCACCGAAUUGGGUCCACCGGACGCUAUGAUGCCACGCUCACGUCUCGACGACGACCCGCCUCCUCAGAAAAUGCCCCGGAACUAUGCUCGAUCUUAUGGUUCAACCCCAUCCAGUUACUCUUCCACUAACACCGACACCUACGAGACUGAUUUUGACGAAGAUGAAGAGACAAAUGGUGCAGAACCCAGCCAGGCCAACGAGCAGCAAUAUUACUGCUACUUCGAACACGGCUUCGACAUGUUGCUGGGGCCGCCGACCGACGUUUCUCCCCUACCCAAAGGCACCGAAGACCCCAGUGAGACUCGUCAUCCGACCUUGACAUCGAUCGAUGGACAUCUUACUGUUACGCAAAUCAUACUUCAUGGCAACAUCCCAGGCUCGUACCCAUUCAACCGUCAUCGCAGGAGCAGAUGGUCUUUAAACCACAUACCUUCUGGCGAGACACCAAUUUCCUCGGAGUCUUUGUUUCCGUCGUUUCACCAAGCACUCGUCAAGAGUUUCUCGCACAUCUGGCCAGCAAAGGAUAUGUUGGAAGGUAUGGUCAUCGUACGUAGCUGGGGCGGCGAUACAGACAGCUCCACGGGUUCCACCAUUCUCAUCAAUGGCGACGUUGGUCAUAUGGAUCUAGAUGAGGAGUUGGAGCUACUGAAUGGCAACGACGACUGGGAGCAUGAGAAGAGGGAUGAUGGUGGGGAUGAGCAGUGGCUGCGGAACACUAAGCUGUACAAGUUCCCUGGUCUGAUGUUUGAGGUUAUGCAUAACGGUGCGGUCAGUGCCUUGACGAUUUGCUAGGUUCAGUCAAGGUGGCGUUUUUACAGAGAUACCCAAUAAUGAGCAUUUACGCAAACAGUUAUCACGAAAGUUGUGACUCCGAUGGUCCCCAUGCUAUAAGGACAUGUCUUUUGGGCAUGAAGUCGAUGUAUCAGGUGCAGGACACGUGACAGUGGAAGCAAAAAAGGAAUGUCGUGCUACCGAGGAUUGGAAGGGAAGAAGGGAAUUUUGUACUUACAAUUCUUUCGAACCAAAUCCUACCUGUUCCAUAGGCCGCCUAGGACCAGGGUGCUAUCAUCCCACCUUCAGUACCGAGAGGAAUGCUUUGUGUUGGCAAGGCAUGUCAGCAGGGACACUUCAAGUGAUCCGAUAGACUUUUCAUACCAACCCACAUC